GCAUCGAUCUGUUGCUGGUGGCUGCCCAUGAGUUUGGCCACGCCCUUGGUCUGGGCCACAGCGAGAAGCCCAGCGCCCUCAUGUACCCGUGGUAUAUGGGCUUCGAGGGAGAGUUUGAACUGCCACACGAUGACUGGCAGGGCAUCACCAAUCUCUACGGCACAGGCAUCAAGGACCGAACAUUCCCAGAGAGAGAAAAAGGCAAAGUGAAGUAUAAGCCCAACGUGCCCGACGGCAAACCCGUGUACCCAGAGCCCACUUCCCCCACCGCGGGAGACGGCCCACCAGACCCCUGCAACAGCCACAUCGAUGCCCUGACCGUCAUCAGGACGGAAAUCUUCUUGUUCAUCGGAAAGUGGUUUUGGCGUUUGGGACCUCAGAAGCUCAUCAACAAGCCGGUGGAGAUCCACAAGUUCUGGUACGGACUGCCCAAAGAUCUGGAGAGAAUUGAUGCUGUCUUUGAACGUCCUGACAACAAGAUCGUCUUCUUCUCUGGAGACCGCUUCUGGGUGUUCAACGCCAACCACCUUCUGUCCAGGUUCCCGGUAGAAGGUCGACCAAUCACAGAGUUCAACAUUCCGGCCGACGUGAAGAAGAUCGACGCGGCCUUCCAGUGGAGUUACAACAAACGGACGUACCUGGUGAGCGGAGACAUGUACUGGAAGAUGGACGAGAACAACAGCUUUGUGGAGUACGACUACCCGCGCGACAUGGGCACCUGGAAGGGCGUGCCAGUCCCAGUGGACGCUGCCUUCAUGGAUCAAUCCGGUACAACGAUCUUCUUCCAAGGUCUGGACUACUGGCAGUUUUACGACAUGAAAAUGCGAGUUCAGAGGGGUUACCCGAGGCGGAUUUCCCAUUACUGGUCGCAGUGUGCGGAGAACCUCUCAGAACGGGAAGAGAAUCUUGCACUGGAAAGGGACAGAAAUCUGGAGGUGAAGACGAGUCCUCUUGACAAAGGAGAAGGGGAUACGAACUUGCAGGAUGCGGAGCCACUCAACAGUGAUGAUGGCUCCACCAAGAAAGACGAUGGAAAUGGAUGCACUUUUCUGUACCUUAACAGUCUGAUGGUGAUCCUUACAUUAUUAACGCACUAUGUUUAGAUCAAGGAAUUGUUUUGUGGUCCACAAAAUGUUCUGUAACUUGUGGGGGGAAAAAAGUUUGGUACUGAUUUCCCCACCAAACUCUUUAUCCCUUUUCAAAGUCCAUUGUUGACCCUAUUUGUGGUAGUAGAGUAUUCAGAUUAGCAGAAAGCUGCUUAAUAGACACAUGGGCAACAGUCCUGACUCACAAAUAAAGGUCUGAUUUUGAUAAUUUAUUUUUACUCAUUCUUCCUUGUCAUCCGACAUCUUAUGGUGAUUGUAUGCAAUCUGUGACUGUUUCUACUCCUUUACAAAUUGUUAAGAAAAUAAACAAGCAAUAUGUGUUAACGUCUACAAGGUAACAAAAAAUAAAAUAGGUCCUAUAAUUUUCUGGAACUUUUCUAUGAGAAAAAAUGUCUGAGUAACUUUUCUAUGAGAAAGAAAUGUCUGUGUUGGUUAUUUUGUCAGUUUUCUGUACCUAGUAGUGUUUUUUUAUGGGUUCAAUGGUCAGAGCUCUGUUGUCAGAGCUGAAAAGGAGAUGCAGACGACAUUUGACAAAAAUGUAAUUUUGGUUUCAAAGUUAGUAACAAUCCAUCCUCCAAUGUAUUCCAGUAUUGCUCUUGUGACAACAUACUUUGGAUGAAACCUGCUUACAUACAAACAAAUCUCUGUCAAUGGACUUUUUAAAAAGCCCUCAAUUCCCAUUAUCAUUAGAUUUCCUUUUGUAUAAAUACAAAUAGAUGCUGGUCCAGAAAAACUAGGAGUGUUGUGUCGUUUGAAACUUACUCUCCAAACCAUUUCUUUCCGUAUAUGUGGGAGGUUUCAUUUUCAAAACACCUCAAUAUUUAAAGGAGUUUUACUUAUUUUAUUAAAGCACAAAAUAUAAGAAAAAUACAUUUGAAGGGAGGCAACUACUUUUUUAUAGCUUUUAUUUUUAAGGCAAGCAUAUGUCAUAUAAAGUGAUAUACACAGGUUGCUGAAAUAGAGAAAUGAAUUGACAGGUAGAUGGGGUUUGUGGUAUCAACCAAAUUCACUCAUCCUCUGACAGUAUUCAUCGAAUAAAGCAAACAGUCGAACGAUUCGAUUUUAAUAGAAAAUAGUAUGUAAUACAGAGAGCAUUGUACAUUUUCUUUUCCAAACCAUAUUUAUACACCAUAAUCAUUCUGGGUAGCCUACUCGGAGACCACGAAUGUUCUCAGUUGACACGGCACAAACUAAGCCACUAAUUUGUAGGACAAGAAGAUUCUCUUUGUCCUCUCGGUGAGAAAUACACAUUGCCCUAAGAAUUUUACAUCCGGAAAGCUUUUGGCUGGAAGUUCAGAUUACAGCAGAACUUGAGGUUCACAAACCAAACAGCAGAACUUAAGGUUCACAAACGUCUUUACGUAUGGAAAUACAUUUUUUAAAAAGCUGUUUAAUCGUGGGUUCAUACAAAAAGUUGUUUGCGAAUAACCCCCCCCCCCCCCGACCCUCUCAAUGUAUAAUGAUUUUGUUUUUCCCUAAAGUGUCUCCAGUUCGUUGUACAAACUGGCUUGUGCCUUCAGCGGUACACGGGGAAGUCACAUUGAUGAUUCUUUCUUGUAUACCACACCUUCAGCCUCGAGUUUUUUAAUGAUCUUUUAUGACAAUAUUUUAUGACUUGUAAAUUGACUGCAGAGACACCCGAUUCCUUUGUGCUUUUGUUUGUAAGGAGCUAUGUGCAAUGUUUGUUUUUUUCAUGGUCAUGUUGUAAACCUUUGGGGGUUUUUUGGUGGGGGUUUUUUCAUUGCUACAUUGUCAAUCUCAAUCAUGUUCUUUGUUUAUGAUUUCGUUCCAUUGAUCACAUUUCUUGUAGAGUUUCUACUCAAUUCUUGAUACAUUUUCAUUUCCCUGCACAUUUCAUAAGUGUUUUGGUACACCUGAGUAUUUUAUUGAUUCGCAUAAGUUUCUUGAAGUCGUGUGGUUGAAUUGGUUUGAAGUGCUUCUCGGAUCUAUGUUGCUUAAUAUGUAUACAGAUGCGCUGUACAAAUUUUUAUUUCAAAUGUAAGCUGUUUUGUAUGUCUGCAUAUUUAUUUUUAGACACAUAGGGGGAAGGGGGGUUGGGGACAACAGAAUUUUUGAUAAAACCACUUAUGGAAAUGCAAGAAAUAUUUUGUACUUAAAAACUGUAGUACAAAUUUCACAGAUAGCCUAAAAAUAUUAACGAGUAAUGGAUUGGGGAUGAGCAAAUAAAGGGAAAUAAAAAGUAUUUACUUUGAUUAUUUUAAAUACUUCAAAAUACCAUUUCUGCCCGCCAACUUGCCAGAGUGAUGAGGGCUGCUGUCUGCCAGAGCCACAGUAUUUACUGGACGUGUGCUGGUCAAAAGUUGGCUGUUGACCAUCAGUGCAUGGUCUGGUGGGUCGGUCACUCAUUCUCUUCAUUAUAUUAUAUACGGUCAAAACUUUCAGCCCUUCUUAACAUUAGCCUCUCUGUGGCACAUCAAUCAAUAAUAUAUGUUCUAUUUAAAGCUCUAUUAUUUAUGUAAAGUAUUCAUAUUUGUUGCUACAUACAGUUUUACAAUGAAAGUAUGAAUUUACACCCAUUACUUACUAGUCGGCCUGUGUACAAGUAUUAUGCCUGCCUGUUCAGCCUCCUGUCAUUGUGAUAAACUGUCCUACCACUUGUCCGCUAUUUAUUUUUGUGAACCACUCAUUCUACAUGUCAUAUGUCACUUUUUUUUUUGUAUUUUUUUUUCUUUCGGUCACCUCGACAUAUUAUUGUGUAGUAACAAGUUUUGUAUGAAGAGUUAGCUGUUGUCAGUCACUUCCUUUAGACCAUUAGGAGAAUUUGUGGCACGCUUCCCACAUUCAUGUCCAUUUUGUACAUUUUUGUAUUGUUUUGUGUUCUUCUUUUUCGAUUAAUUAAGAACAAUACUUAGUUCUGAGGAAGUAAUUUCCUAUCUCCAUGUCAACAUCUUUGAACCAUAGACGUAAAAGUUAUUGCAUGAGUUAACUUUGAGCAGCCGAGGACAGGCGUAGAAAGUGUUUAGCUCAAGAUCAUAUCCUGGUAUGUGUGAUGUGUAAAUGAUGAUUUUUGCUUGACGAUGAUAUUAAUUACGGCAUUAUAGCAGAAUCACUACAUAAUUUACAAGGCCUGCUAUGAUUUUAUUAUUGGAGUUCAGCCUUGUCUUUCAUGCAUGUGUCCUACUUGCUUUGUGUAAUGGCUUGGUGGAGCCUCACCGCUGUAAGCUGACAAAACGCUUUUUUCUUAAUCACAGCACUUUCGAAAUAAAGAGCUUUUUUGUCAGUGUAACCAUUUUAAAAGGCGUUCUUUCGAAAUUUGAAUUUUGAUUUAUUAUGAUAUUCAAAAACUAGUCACACUUUCAUUUUACCUUUUUCACCCAAUGAGGGUAAAUGAUCAGGCUUUCGAUUUAGCAAAUAAUUUGGGACCCAAAAUGAAAAAAGGCGUUUUGCCAGCUAAGGGCAACUCAUUAAGUAUUCAAACAUUCUCUGUUGGCACAGCUGAUAAUCUUUGUGUGUACUUUUAUAGGUGCGAGCCACUUUUGUCAAGUCUGUGUUAUACGGUACAUAUAGCGAAGCUUUUAGAUGAUCAGUAGAGCUUUUAGUCAUUAGUUAUUAACAGACUAGAGAAACAUACGGUAAAUCGUUGAAGCAUUUCAUCAGUUUAAUUUAAAAUGCAGUUGGAAUUUCUGAAGGAGAGAGAGUGAGAUUUGAAAUUUCUACUGUUGCUAAGUUUUGAAAAGAGAGGAAUUCUCAUUUUAAAAUCUUUUGUGAAAUUAUUGUAGUAGUACUCAUUGUGUCAAUUGCUCUCAUUUAUUCUUUUCUUCAAUUCAAAAACUAGCGUAAUAAAUCAGCAUGCAUAUAUACAUGAUUCAUAUAUUGUAGUGGCUGCCUUGUCAUAUUCAAACAAAUUUUCAUAACCAUGGCAUAAUAUGGACAGUUGGUCAAGGUUGUCACACUUCAGUUAGGAGGUAGCCUAUAGGGUACAGAAUGCUGUCAGUAUUUCAAUGGAAAGUUUUCACCAAAUAGGCCCGUGAUUCGCUGUCUCAUUUAUUAUUUCACCAGAAGUCAUACCAGAUCCAUUUUCAUGAUGACAACAGGAGUUAAAAAAUUACAAUUUUAUGGAUAUUAACAAUGUGAAGGAGCACAAGGUGACCAAUGCUGUAGAUAAUUCAUUUUUAUGGUAUAUUAUCUUAUACAAUAACGUUCUACCUGAACAAAGUACUUUUAAUGAUACAUUUUUUUUUUUACAGUGAGUACUAAGUAAAUUAUUGCAUGAAUGAUCCUAUGAUGUGAACGGUGCUAUUUACUCUACAAAGAACUUACAUUUAAAGUUUUGGAUUUUUCUAGCUCAGAAUGACUAUAUACAACCGUACCUUGUAACCGUCAACAUAAACUGACCAAAACCCACUCCAAAAUGUUUUGAAUUUUGAAUUGUUCUUAAUAAUGUGAGGGGAAAUAUUGCCCUUUUUCCUGAUACAAAACUCUGUGAAGCAUAGUGUGAGAUGUAUGAGCGAAUGUCCUUAUGUGUGCAACUGGUGCGUAGCCUACCGAUAUUUCAGAUGGAGCAAGGGAUUGGUGUUCCUACAUGAAUAUACACAUUCAUCUGAAAAUACAGUAGAAUAAGUUAAGUGUGCGCAACAUUUUAAAAGAACUUUUUCUGAAGUCAUGUUCCCAACUGUUAGAUCUAGUGACUAGAAAAAAAGUUUACAAAGUCUACUACUGUCUUUUCCUGUUACAAAGCUGAUGAUUUUAUGAAAAAAAAUUAAAUUCCCCGAAUGAGCAGUUUUAAUUUAAGGCCAUUCAAUGAAAGCCACUGGAACUACAUGUACUAGGGUCAACUGCUCGUGGUUUUGUUUGUUUUGAAUUAAUAUUUUCACGCUUAAUUUGUAGUAUUGUGUAGAAGGCAAUGUCUUUAAAUUUCAGCAUUACAAACAUUCAGCCUACUUAAUUAGAAAACAUUUUUUUUUAAAUGAUAGAUUAAAUUAUUAAAUUGUGCAUAAAUUUAUUAUUUUAGGUGUUAACGCUUUGCCAUCACAAGCAUUUUGGGGGAAAUCCAAAGAAACUUGGUGGUAAAAAUCGCAGAUCGGUGAGACGUGACGACAAAGUGUUAAUUCAAGGGUUACUGAGAUGUACUUCUGUACUUGAGUUUUGGCUUUUUCUGGUGUGAGCUUGUUGUUUAAGUUUAACCAAUUUUGUCUCUGUGCAGUUCAGAAAUAAAGAAAGCACGAAUGUA